UGGGGGAUGGCAGCCGCGGCCCUGGCGAGGAGAUUCGAGGAGCGCAUCAGGGCGUGCGCCAUCGGGCGGAAGCUCCACGAAGCCAAGAUCCUCCACGACGAGAUCGCCCGCAGCCCCCACGGCGACAACCGCCGCCUCACCAAUCUCCUCAUCGACCUCUUCGGCAAAUGCGGCGACCCCGACACCGCGCGCGCGGUGUUCAAUCGCGUCCGGCUGCCCAACGAGUACUCGUGGAGCUGCAUCAUCCAGGCGUACGUGAGCAGCUCCCGGAUCCACGACGCGCGCGCCCUCUUCGACUCCAUGCCGGGAUUCGACGCCUUCACCUGGAACAUCAUGAUCGCGGCCUACGCGCGCAUCAAUCGCCUGGACGACGCGCGCGAGCUCUUCCACGGGAUGAUCUCCGGUCGGGACGUGGUGAGCUGGGCGAUCCUCGUCGCGGGCUACGCGCGGCACGACCGGCUCGAGGAGGCCAGCGCGCUCUUCCGGCGGAUGCCGCUCUGGGACACGGUCACUUGCACGUCGGUCCUCCAGGGAUAUGCCCACAACGGGCAUCUGGCCGAGGCUCAGGAGCUCUUCGAUCGGAUCGGUGGCGCCGGCGAUCGCGACGCCACUGCUUGCAACGCGAUGAUCGCGGCCUAUGGGAAGAACGCCCGCGUCGAUCUCGCCGAAGGGCUCUUCGCGCAGAUCAAGCUGCGCAAUGCGGCGUCUUGGUCCUUGCUGCUCCUCACCUAUGCCCAGAACGGGCAUCUGGAUCUUGCCAAGAAAAGCUUCGAUCGGAUGCCCCAGCGCGACUCGAUCGCCUUCACCGCGAUGACCGCCGUGCUCUCCGACCAAGGCGAGCUCCGCGGCGCGAGAGAGAUGCUGCGAUACCUCUCCGCGGUGGACGUGAUCGCGUGGAAUGCGCUGCUCGAGGGAUAUUCCCGGACCGGGGAUCUUGACGAGGUGAGGAGGCUGUUCUCCGCCAUGGAGCACCGCACGGUAGCCACGUGGACGAUCGCGAUCCAGGGGCACGCGCAGUACGGCCACGGAUCCGACGCCCUGGAUCUCUUCCUGGAGAUGCUGCUCGAGGGCGUGGGCAUUGACGGGCAGACGAUGAUGGGCGUGCUGGCGGCGUGCGCGCAUCUAGGGCUCCUCGAUCCGGCGAGGGAUUACCUCGUGUCCAUGGCGGGCGAUCACGGCGUGGCCUGCGAUCCGGGCCACUACGGGUGCAUGGUGAGCGUGCUGUGCAAGGCCGGGCGCCUCGAUCUGGCGGAGGAAUUGCUCGACACGAUGCCUGUGAUCGCAGACGUGGUCGCCUGGACAGCGUUUCUGGAUGCGUGCAAGAUGUUUGGGGAGGCGGAUCGAGGCGCCAGAGCCGCGGGCGAGAUCACGCUGCUCAAUCCCAUGAUGUCCUCGGCGUAUGCCAUGUUCUCCGAGCUCGCAUUGAGCGAGCAGGAUGAGGAGCUCGACUCGUGGCGGGCAUCCAGUCGUGAGAUUUGUUGUUCUUGAGGGGAGCUGCCAUCGUCGCAGCGCGAGAAACUCUCGAGGUACAUUCCGGCAACUCGAGAAGGGAGAGAAUCAUUUGCCGAAUAUUCCUAGUUUGAAAAAUUGUUCCAACGUUAACUUAUGCAGGAAGAAGCUCGAGUGAAAGAAGCUCAACAAGAAGAAGAGAGGAUGAAGUUCGAGGAAGCAAGUACUCCGGAAGUGGAAGCAUAAGACUGAUGUUAUCGUGGAGGCUGCCAGUGUGCGAAAACUACGAGCCCGAGCGGCUGUCAUCAAUGAUCCUUGGCUUGCCGAUCCAACACGGACGAACGUACGUUUCUCGAGUCUCAAAGCAGGGACUCGCCAAAGAAGACUUGGACCAUUUAAAAACGCAUCGAGUCUCGCUUCUCUACAGCAUGUGGAAGUUCUUGGACGUGUCGGAAAUAGUUUCUCCGGUUCUCAGUGCUAAAAAUCCAUGGGCGAAAACUAUUUACUGGAAACUGGUUUUCUGCAUGGGAGACAAUUCGUCCAAGGGACGAGGCAGUGAGCUUCCGGCGCAGUGGCUGAGGUCGAAGCUGAUCGGAAAUCUGGAAGGGAACACAGUAGCAUAGUACGUCUCGAGCAACGUCGAAAACGUGCCAUUGCGAGAUUAAUCUCGACAGAAGCUUCCAGCCAAGUAUCAACGGGGAAAGCGUUCUCUUGUUCUGGGUUGACGAAGGCUCGCCUCUAAGCAGGAUGCGCAGCAAGCUACAUUCGCUGGUGGAAUCUCUUCCGACUGGGACCUCUGUGCCGCUGUUGGUAUUUUCAAGUGGCUUUGGAUCAGACGAAGGCGAUCUCAACAGAUGGCCGCCACCAGAAGAAGAGUUGGCGCUGCUGCUUCAGCUACACAGAUUGGACGGCGACAAGAUCAGCAGCUGGAUAGUUUUAUCGACCACUGGGAAAAGCGAACACGAGUUCUACUGCAGUGAGACUCUAGCCAGGGGUAUUGAGUGGCUCGCGACUUUAGCGCCGGCUCAGCCAGAGCUUCAUGCUGUGGAUCUCCGCGACUUGGUGGCAGAAAAGCUCUACUCUACGUUAAACUCGUCACGGGAAGAAACCAAAGCCGGGCCCGGAGACUACGUCUUCAGCAAAGCGCUCCACGACGCUACAGCGGAGGUGACAAAUGCCGCUGGAGCUCUGCCGACUGCCUCCCUUUCCUCGUCUUGACGAACGAACCACGUUUGCUCUGGCUCUCUCACCAUUGUCGGCGGCGGCUCCCCGACUGCGUGAGAGCUCAAUACAUGUCUCUACUGGAAGUGUACCUGAGCAAGCUCGGCUACGAAGAACCGGAGGCUAACCGUGUCGCAGCCAGCAUUUUGGAUGGAGCAGUGAGCCUGGCUGCGCGACCUGGCGUCGGGUGUUCCGGAGCAUUUUCUGGACGAAGCUGAUGCGUCCCAACAGCGAGCCUCCCCGACGGUUUAUCUCUUGCGCGAGAUCUCCUUUCACAGAGACGUGGUAGGGGCGUUUGCUUCUCGGCUCCAAGGUGGCAACGUCCCCGAGUCGAUCCAGGUGAGUUUUGUAGAGAGAUACAACCAGCAGUACACCGAGGCCGAGACUGCCUGUAAUACUGCAACUUCAAAGCCAGAGGACGUUAUGCUCAGGCACGAGCUCAAGUACCUGAGAAGCGGAGAUGAGCUCGAGCUACUUCCGAAGGCCAACCGAGGCACGACUGGACGAGCUAGUGGCAAGGCUGGACAAAAGGCUGGAUGAAAACACUCAGGCAGCAGCGACUGGAAUGGAAGAAAUUCUUCGGCCGUGGACAGGACACGAAGCUGCUCGUGCUCACGCCAGAGGGGAUCGACUUGGAAAUUUUGGAAGUGACGAGCCCGAGGUCUUCAAGCUCGGAGAGCUACAAGAGGUUUAACGAGCUCUUGAGUAGCUGCCCAGACGCUCAUCUCUGGCAAGCUACUUUGGUGUUUUAUACUAACUACUUGACAAAUGUUUGUAAAUGUAUUCAUUUUUUUUCAAGGAAACCACAGGGUAGCUUUCUGUA